CGUUGGGUUUUUAACUGUGAAUGCCUUAGCCGGCUAUCCUGUGUUAGCUGUUUUAGCUACCAGGGUCAGUUUCUACACUUCCCUUCACCAAGGAAUCAUGCUUCACAUCAGCUGAAUGGUGCAGAUUGACAACGCAAGACUGACGACUGAAGACAGGAAAAUGGACGAUAUAAAGAGUGAACCGCUGGAUUUUGUGAAGGAAUUCCAAGAGUACCUGACGCAGCAAACGCAGCACGUCAACAUGAUCUCAGGCUCUGUCUGUGGAGAAAAGGAGUCAGGGGAACCUUUUCAAGCUGUUGCCGCAAAGAGUGAGCAGAACGGGCUGGACCCUCCGUCUGUGGAGGUGAGCCUGUCGCUGGAAGACGGAGCAGAGUUGCAGAUGGAUGGCUUGGAGAGGACGUGUGAUGGAAAGUACAAGUGUAGCUACUGCAGUUAUGCCAACAAGGGCAUGGCUCGUCUAAUAGAGCACAUCCGUAUCCACACAGGGGAAAAGCCUCACCGUUGCCAACUGUGCCCGUUUGCCUCAGCAUAUGAGCGCCACUUGGAGGCCCACAUGCGCUCCCACACAGGAGAGAAGCCGUAUAAGUGCGACCUCUGUGCCUUCCGCUGCAGCGACCGCAGCAACCUGUCCCACCACCGCCGCCGCCGCCACAAGCUGAUGCCUGCGAGAGGCGUGCGCUCUCCCUUUUCCAACAAGAGAAUGCUAAGCGUCCUGCAGAAGAGGACAGGCUCCCUGGGCUUCGGUAGGCGGCUCCUCAUCAACUUCAGCCCUCCUUCGAUGGUAGUGCCAAAAUCGGACUAUCUGAAUGACUUGUCUCGUGAGCUGCACCACCAUUUGAAUAGCAGUGAGUACAAGAACUUGACCAAGGCGCAUGAGAGUGAUAGCAGCAGCCGGGGAGCUAAUGGUUUGACGUUUGAUAACCCACUGGACCAGCUGUCUACGCUCGCUGGCCAGCUGGCCGACCUCCCCCCUGCAUCUCAGACUCCUGUGUCCCCAGACAGGGAAUCCCUUAAGGAAGAGAAGCCCAUCCUCAUACACCAAGUCUCAGGUGCACCAGUUGCUGUAUGCACAAAUGGAGUGCAGACAUCCUUACCAACCAAGGAAUCUCCUGCCUCAGACCACAGGAGUUACAGCCCUGUGCCAGGUGUAGGCUUUGAACACGGGUCACACACUGUCUCAGCAAGCACAGGCAACAGCCAGCCUAGCACACCCACCCCUGUGCCAACUGCACAAGACCAACAGCAGUUACAUAAAUGCCCCCACUGUGAUAUUCACUUUUCAGAUAAUAUCCUCUAUACCAUUCACAUGGGCUGCCACGGCUAUGAACAUCCAUUCCAGUGCAACAUCUGUGGUUUUCUAUGCACAGACAAAUACGACUUUGCGUGCCAUUUUGCUCGUGGACAGCAUAAAAAGUAAUUUCCCCACAAAACAGAGGCGUAAGGAGAAAUUUAGUAUAUACCUGUAUAUACUUUUCAGCAGUUGUAUAUAAACAUGACAUUGCUUUUCAUGUUAUAUUUCAUUCAUGCAAAUACUGUACUUUGUUGCCUUCUUUAAGUUAUCAUAUUGCUGUUCUAUGUAGCUCCAUACUUGGAGCUUUUCCAUUGGUUUUGUACCAAAGCACAAAAGUUUCUAUCUCAGUUAAAGUGUCAAGAUACGUAUACACUGAGAAAUCCUCCGAGAAACUGAUGCAGGAUUUUCACGAUUUGAUUGUUCUUUGUUUAGAGAACUAGUUUGUGUCCAGCAUGACUCACUGUCCUCAUAUUUUUCUGUUCCAAUAUCACUCCUCCACGUCUCAGUACAUUGACUGCAGAGGCUAUGAGCCAAAUCAUUCAAAGUAUUUCAGAUAUAAUUCAUUUUUAAAACUUACCCUCUGGCUGUCUUACUAAAUCAUACCCUUUAAAACAUAUUUAAACAAUGUUUAUAACUGGUCUAUUGGACUGGACUAUUGAUGUAUAUUUAAUUGUGGUGCCAACUCAUCUCAAGCACUGAUACAUUUUUUGAUGCAAAUAAUUUGUAUUGUAGCUGAUAUUUUCAGAGGGUCAAAGGUAACCCUUGCCCAAGAUGUAAUGUGCUGUAAUGUGAUUGGUUGUUUCAUAUAAUAUCUGAUUGUAUGUUUUGUUUUGUUUUUUAAUUUUGCCUAAAGUAUUGCAUUGAUCAGUUGAUUGUUUGGACAUGUUUGUGUGUGAUAACCUUAUUGUGGACAAAAAGGGAAAUUUAAUUAAAAUGAGCUCUAAGUGUUUCAGUAUAAAGUACAUAAUUUGAAUCCUGACAAAUCCAGAUUUAAGUGUUAUCUGAUUGAUAUCUCCUCAUCAUGAGUUUAAAAUGAUGUUUGAGUACAGUUGAAAAAGCUUUAAAUGUUUUAAUUUAUUAAGAAAUAACAGUAUUCUAAUUAACCUGUAACAAAGAUAAAUGAGAGGAAAAUAUCCAGGUCCUAUUUUCAUUCAGUGCUACAAUGGGCAAACAAAACUGAAAACUGACAAAAAUAAUUUUUAUGCAUUUAAAUUAUAUAAACACACAUGCAUUCAUUUUCCUUUAUAAUGUGAUACAAAAUCUACAUUUGUGCAAAUUCCAGAAAAUAUUCACAGUGCUUGUUAAAUAAACAUGAGAACAACAUUA